GCUUGAGCUCGAGCUCGUUUAAUAAACAAGCUUAAUAUUAAGCUCGAGCUCGGCUUGAGCUCGUCUAAAAUCAGUUUCGAGUCGAGCUUUUAACAAUCCGAUCUCGAGUAGCUCGUGAGUAGCUUGACUCGUUUGCACCCCUAGAAGCAACCAUCGAAGCUUAAAAUUCUCGGACCUCUCCAUAAAUUCUUGGACCUCCAUCUUGAUAAUCAUAGGGGAUUAUCUUAAAUCCAUCUUAAUCCCAUCAUUGUCAACUUCCCUUCCACACCUGUUUGUCAUUACUACAUAAUCGAAGCAACCAUUGAAACUUAAAAACUUUGAACUGUUUAUAGAAUUUGGCCCACAAACCCACGAAUUCAAAUCUAACCCACAAACCUCCAACUUAUGAACCCGUAUAAAUAAGUAGGUUGGCGGGUUGUAUAUGAGUUUAUGUUCCAUACCCGCCAACCCGUGACCUAUAUAGUUAAAUAGAUCGUGUUCGGAUUAAUGUAUUUUGAUCCUCUAACCCACAACACGUCAACACAAACACGACACGAUUCCUAUGCCUAACAAAAUCGAACAUUAUAACAUGGUGGCUCCUUGGAACACCAACAUUCUACCUCUGGCCGAAUCAGAGGGGCCAUAAAAACCUUUGAACAAUUCAGCGUUUACACUCCCUCUCAACCCUUCUAUUUCCUUCGUUUUCCUUCACUGCCCUCUCUUCUCUUUUCUCGUGACCGGAGUUUUCAACAGAGAAAAAGCCGUAACAACUCCUGUUGCCGUCCUCUGCCUUCUCCGACUGGCGCCGUUCUCUUCGCAUCUCCGACCAGAGCUUUUAGCAGAACAAAGAACCUUCCGAUCUCUUUGUCACUAGCGCCGUCCUCCUUCGAUCUUCGACCAACGCUGUCUUCAACCCUCUAAAGUAAAUGAACAGAGCCUCCCGAUCUAUUUUCUUUCUCUAACAAGAUUUUGGUGAACCAAACGCCUCCAGAAUUUUUUCUGGCAGACGAAAUCCGCUAAAAACCUUGCUAAUUUUUCCCUGGCCCGCGAAGCACACAUUGAAAGAGCAAUAUCCGACGCCGUUUCCGGCGUGUGCUAUACUGUUUCAAUCUCAGCUUAAGACUACUAUAAUACAACAGUUCUGAAUUCUUAUAGCAAUGGCGAAAUCUCGAUCACUGUUGAUUCUAUACGCCACUGAGACGGGCAACGCGUUAGAUGCUGCCGAACGAUUAGGCCGUGAAGCUGAAAAAAGAGGCUGCCCUAUUCGUAUGUUAUCCCUCGACGAAUUUGACCCCAGCUCCUUACCCUGUGAAGAAUAUGUAAUUUUUGUGGUGUCCACAACUGGACAAGGGGACACCCCCAAUUCCAUGAAGGCGUUUUGGACAUUUCUUUUGCAAAGAAGUUUAAACCGGCAGUGGCUUGAAAAAACAAACUACACGGUCUUUGGAUUGGGAGACUCUGGUUAUCAGAAAUACAAUUUUGUUGCAAAGAAGCUUGACAAAAGACUUACAGAUCUCGGGGGAACUACAAUUCUUGAAAGAGGUUUGGGAGAUGAUCAACAUCCUUCAGGAUAUGAAGGGUCCUUAGAUCCAUGGAUGUCAUCUUUAUGGACCAUGUUAUAUAAUAAAAAUCCAAAAUUCUUCCCAAAAGGUUUAAAUAUUUCUGUGUCUGAUAUGAAGAUGCUUGGUCAACCAAAAGUGGAAAUCACAUAUCUUGACUCGAAUGCAGUGCAUUCACAACCUUCAGCACAAAUUGAUUUGAAGUUACUUGAGAAGGAUAUAGUGAGGUGUCGGUCAAUGUUGUCUGCAAAAAAGUCAAAUGACAAGAGUAAACCUGAUUGCUUCUUGAAACUGGUUAAAAACCAACCAAUUACUAGAACAAGUUAUGACAAAGAUGUACGCCAUUUGGAAUUUGAGCCACUUUCAUCUACUAUCGAGUAUGAAGUUGGUGAUGUCCUUGAGAUUCUUCCUUCACAAAGCCCUGAAGCAAUCGAUGCAUUCAUGACUCGCUGUAAUUUAAACCCUGAAUCCUGUAUCAUUGUUAAGUCUAGAAAUAAAGAAGACUCUCUUGAAGAUGGUGUUGGUGCCUCAAAAGAUCCCAUAAAACUAAAAACAUUUGUCGAGUUGACUAUGGAUAUUGCAUCAGCUUCACCCAGACGUUACUUUUUUGAGGUCAUGAGUUUUUUUGCGAGUGCUGAACAUGAAAAAGAGAGGCUUGAAUAUUUCGCCUCACCAGAAGGAAGAGAUGAUCUCUACCAAUACAACCAGAAAGAACGAAGGACUGUUUUAGAGGUACUCGAGGAUUUCCCAUCUGUAGAUAUGCCAUUUGAGUGGUUGGUGCAGCUGACUCCUCCAUUGAAAACACGAGCUUUUUCAAUUUCUUCUUCUCCUAAUGUUCACCCGAAUCAAGUACACCUCACAGUCAGCAUAGUUUCAUGGACAACUCCUUUUAAGAGGAAACGCAUCGGUUUAUGCUCCAACUGGCUAGCUUCACUUCAUCCUCAUCAAAGAGUCUGCAUACCAGCAUGGUUUCACAAAGGCUCACUCCCUGCCCCACACCCCUCACUCCCCCUCAUCCUUAUUGGGCCCGGAACCGGGUGUGCACCUUUUCGCGGCAAUAAGAAGGUGAGAAUCAGUAAGAUAUCUCCUUCCUACACAUCAAUAUGCAAAAAGCUGCAAUUCUAA